AUGGAUUAUAGUCUUAUCAGACUUGUUGGUUCCUGCAACGGCUUGUUCAUUGUGGAAAUGGAAUUUAUUGGUGGUCCUCCUGAUGAUGAUGAUGAUUCUAUAUAUUUUUAUCAUAUUUUUCUAUGGAACCCAGCGACUAGAGAUGUCAGGCAAGUUCCCGAGCCAUCAACACGCAUCCAUUCAAGGAAUCCAAAUUAUGGAUUUGGGUUCAAUCCUGUCCUUAAUGAUUACAAAAUAGUGAGAAUUUAUACAUAUGACUUUGCUUAUGCUGGGAAUCGACGUAAAAUCUUUGUGGACAAAAAUUGUGCUCAUGAUGUGGAAGUGUAUUCAUUAAGAAGAGGGUCAUGGGAGAAAGUAGAAUCUGUGGUUUUAAAUAGAGUAAGGUAUCUUAAAUCCUUUCAAGCUGUCGUUUCUAAUGGAACUAUGUUUUGGUUAGGGAAGAUGGAUGAAGAACAUGAUCUUUAUGUGGUAGUUUCAUUUGAGAUAGCAACAGAAAUAUUUUCACUGAUGCCACUACCUUCUUCAUCAGUAACCCCUAAUUUAGGUUCAAAAUAA